UUAUUUUUGUGCAACAGUUGGGUUAUUUAAUCUACUCAACUGCUGGGUUAUGAAAUGUGUAACCCAUUUUGGGUUAUUUGAAUGAGAUUUGGGUUAUUUUAGUGCAACUUGACCCAGCACCUGGGUUGUUGUACUUGUUUGAACCGGUUUGAACGUCAUUACAUCUACAGUCAUCCUCCACAACGCCAGGAACCAUUUUGUCUUCGAUCUGAGCAGGGGAAAAACAUCCUCGUUGCGAGGUAAAUCAACAAUAAGAGAUCAAUGGACAGUUUUGUAAUCAACCUCUUGACUGAAUGGCAGCUGACAGAUCUUGUAGAAAUAUUUAAAGAGUGUACCAUAUCUGACGAACGUGCAUCACAGCUUAAAGAAUGGCUACGAAACAAUUGCCAGCCCCUCAGUCAGGUACAGGACUACAUGAAAGACACUGCAGUCUACAGGGCCAAGUGCAUUAGGGAUAACAAUUGGACCAUCUACCAGAUCCUCCAAGAAUUCCCUCACCUAAUGAGCAAAGGCAUGAUUGCACAGGACUUUCUUAUCCUGCAUGGUGAUGCUUCAUCAAAGUUGUUCGAAACUUGGCUACCCAUUUAUGCGGAGAAAAUCCUGUACCUGUCAAGACGGGAGGGAAAGCUGAUCUCGUCCCUGGAUGGGUUAACACAAGAUGCCAUUGGUGAACUCAGCCUGAGGCAGUUGCCAUGCUUGCUCCCUCCAACUGCUUACAAACUCGGCCGUGGCCACAGUGCAAAAAUGGUUCGCCACACCAUUGAAGAAUGCAACUUGGCCUUCAUCGACCAUAAACCUCCUGGAACCAACAUGGUGGAAUACCUCCACGAGGCCAAGGCCACAAGACCAUUCCCUUAUGUGCUGAUGUUGGGAAAUGAUACACAGCAUGUGUCUCAGGCCUUUGUGAUCAUUGCUGGUCAGGCUGUGGAACAUGACACGCUGCUUCAGGCCGUCGAUGCCUGCUUCAAGGCAUUCUUUAUUUUAGACAUCGAAUACCCGAGGCAGUGUGAACACGUCUGGAAAUUCCUGCAAACCACCGUCUAUGAAAUACCAGGAGGGGAGUCGAAACUAGUAAAGUUUCUACAGAGUAGAAUACGUGCUAGCAAAAGAAGCAAAUAGGUAUUUGUAAAAUGUACUCUUAACCAUUUAAAUGUUGUUUUUUAAGCACUGAGUUACAUGUAUUUUAGUUUACAUUGUUGCAGUUCUUGAUGUUAAGUGAUUAGAACUUUUAUAUUGUUUACAUUCAUAUGAAUAAAUUUCAAGGCAGUGCCUUGUAAAGAUUUCAGUAUUGUUGAAGUUUUAUUGUAUUGUAUAUGCUUUACGUGACCAAGUCUAGCAUGUAUGUUUUGAUAGUUGAGUAUGGAUAGGUGCAAUUUUCUGUCUUCCAAAAUGCACUGUAUGUAAGAGUUAGAAAUAAUUUGGCAUAUUGACCAAACAUUUGGAUUGAUUACUGAACAUUACGUUGUUGAAACAACCCAUAGUUUAAGUAAUUUGACCCAGCAUUUAGGUAGAAUAAAUAACACAUAUUUAGUUGAAACAACCCAAAAUAGUGCUUAAUCUGACCCAGCAUGUAGGUAGAGUAAAUGACACAUAUUUAGUUGAAACAACCCAAAAUAGUGGUUAAUUUGACCCAGCAUUUAGGUAGAGUAAAUGACACAUAUUUAGUUGAAACAACCCAAAAUAGUGGUUAAUUUGACCCAGCAUUUAGGUAGAGUAAAUAACACGUAUGUGUGGUUGAAUUUACCCAGAUUUGUGGCUAUUUUGACCCAGAAUUUGGGUGGAAUAUUUAACUCAUCUGCUGGGUUAAAAUGGAGGAACCCAUCUUGCUGGGUUAAAUUAACUACUGCUGGGCUGGUGCAAUAUUGCUCCAGCGGCUGGGUUAAAAAACAGCCCAAAUUGGGUCAUUUUUAACCCAACUG